CUGGCACACGUAUACCGUCCAGCUAUUCAAUUGCGACGGUUCAUGAAUAUUAACUCAUCGCCUUCCACAGCAGGAUUUAAAAAUUCGUAAACGGAGGCGGGUCUACGUGAGCCGUGGCAACCUAACCAACCGCAGAGACGCAAUGAUGUGGGCGAGGGCAAAAUCCUUCUUUAGAUUUCUUUAACGAAACAACUGCGAAGAGGAGAUGGGCGUAAUAGCUGUGCGUCUGGGCUAAAGUCAAAACACUCUUCUCUAGGAUUCAGAUGCGCGCUGUGUUCGGAGUAACUGAAGACAUCCGAGAGUGGCGAUGCAAACCACAAGACGUGAUGAGUGUACCAGGCGAUUUAACACAACGAGUGAUGAAUUAAUAACACAACGUACCAUUUUAAGGCCACACGGGGAUUGACAAGCCAAGUAUAUUCAAGGCACUGGUCUUUAACAUCAUCAGGAUAUGUGAAACGACUAUCCUUGAAAGAGGGGGCAAUACCAACCUUAUUUGGACCUGUUAGCUCCACCGAAUCACAACCUCUGUUUUGGUGGAAAUGGUUUUGGAAGGGAGCUCUGAAGCUCUUUGCCCUUCCCCAUCUUUAGAGCUGCGGCCAUCUUGCAAUAAAAGCCAGCCAUCUCCUACUCUGGGCUCAGGAUCCCAGUCCCAUAAUGCUCUCUGCCCUGAGGACAAGGAGCCCAUCAAGUACGGGGAGCUGAUUGUACUGGGGCAUAAUGGUUCGCUAGCUAGCGGGGACAAGGGCCGCAGGAGGAGUCGACUGGCCCUUUACAAAAGACUCAAAGCCAAUGGUGUCAAACCCGAUGUUAUCCACAAUGUCUCCACUCCUCUGGUGUCAAAGGCCCUAAGCAACAAAAGCCAGCACAGCAUUUCAUUCACGUUGUCCAGAAGUCACUCUGUUAUUGUGGAAUAUACACAUGAUCCCAACACAGACAUGUUUCAGAUUGGCCGUUCCACGGAGAGCAUGAUAGACUUUGUGGUGACAGACACAACAAGUAGUGGUGGUGGAGGGCAGGGAGGAGCCAACGGAGAGGGAGGACAGUCAGCACAAAGCACUAUCUCCCGCUACGCUUGCCGCAUCAUGUGUGAGCGUAGCGCUCCAUACACUGCGAGGAUAUAUGCUGCAGGCUUUGAUUCUUCCAAAAACAUCUUUCUUGGGGAGCGAGCUGCUAAAUGGAGGACAUCUGAUGGUUUAAUGGAUGGACUAACAACCAACGGGGUGCUGGUAAUGCAUCCAGCGGGGGAGUAUGUGUCUGAACCCGCUCCAGGGGUGUGGAGAGAGAUCUCAGUAUGUGGGAAUGUUUUUGCUCUUCGAGAGACAAGGUCUGCCCAGCAAAGAGGAAAACUGGUGGAUAACGAGUCGAACAUGCUUCAAGAUGGUUCUCUUAUCGAUCUUUGUGGGGCAACUCUGCUUUGGCGGACACCCAGCGGUCUUCGUCACACCCCGACUCUAAAACAGCUAGAGUCCCUUCGCCAAGAACUGAAUGCCGCCCGUCCCCAGUGCCCUGUUGGCUUCAACACGCUUGCCUUCCCAAGCCUCGCCCAACGUGCCACUAUUGACAAGAAACAGCCCUGGGUCUAUAUGAACUGCGGCCAUGUCCAUGGCUACCACAACUGGGGGUUUCGUAAGGAGAAAGUUGGAUCCUCUGCCUUGGCACUAAUCGGGGCUGGUGGGACAGCUCCAGCCACUACCGGACAUCGUGAGUGCCCCAUGUGCAGGGGGGUGGGCCCCUACGUACCUCUCUGGCUCGGGUGUGAAGGGGGUCUGUACCUGGAUGCAGGGCCCCCGACACAUGCUUUCUGCCCCUGCGGUCACGUGUGCUCAGAAAAGACAGUGCAAGGCUGGAGUCAAAUUCCACUGCCGCACGGAACUCAUGCUUUUCAUGCAGCUUGUCCUUUCUGUGGAACAUGGUUGACUGGAGAACAAGGCCACAUCAAACUUAUCUUCCAAGGGCCAGUCGAUUGAGUUGGAUUAACUGCCAUUCAGACUUUGAAACAGGAUUUCUAAGAAAUGGGCACAAUAUGGAAAAUGAAUGCGAGUAAAAAAAAGAGCUAGUAAAAAGGCAGAGGUAAAAGGGAAUAUGCUUUGUGAUGCAGAAUGUGUAAAAAAGUCAAAUGCAAUAAAAGCUGUAAAAAACA